UCGCGCGACUGCAGCGAAAUCCGGGCCACCCCGCCGCGCCGCGCCGCGCCGUUGGCUCAUUGCCGCAAUGACGAGGCCGCGCAGCAACGUCGGGUCGCCCAGGGAGGCGACAACACUCGCUGCUCCUCCCCUCGUACGUCACAAUUGCACAGGACUCUAAGAAUCCAGUCACCUGAAGGGACAAAACGAAUUGAUGUUGAACCCUCAGACACUAUUCUGCAGCUUUUUGAGAAGGUACAUGACAAAUUUGAACUGAGUGGUUAUGCUUUUGCUUUGUAUCGGCAGCGAGGAUGCAAAGAUGAGUUGAUAUCCACUCGUACUAGGACAAUUCGUGGAUCUGGCUUAUGUCAUGGUGAUAUGCUGUAUAUGGCCCCUUUAAAUGGAGCAUUGCUGUGGUCACAAGAACCAUCUCCUAGGCCGAGUACAAGUUCUGCUGGAACAGUUUCAAAAACCUCUUCAUAUGGUGAUGUAGUCUCUAAUGAUGUUCAAUCAUCUAACCAAUCUACUUCCCAAAAGUCUACAUCAGGUCUGCAAGAAGAUGAUGUUGAUUUGGAACUGUUUAAAUUGGAUGGCAAAGUCCAACGUAAAAGAGAUGAAAAAUUGUGUCGUCAUGGAUCCAAUGGCUGUUGUGUCCAUUGCUCACCACUUGAGCCUUUUGAUGAAGCUUAUUUAAAGGACCAAAAUAUAAAACAUUUAUCUUUUCACGCUUAUCUUAGAAAACUGUUUGCAGGGGUGGAUCGGGGCAAGUUUGUUUCUUUAGAAGACAUUAGCUGUCGAAUCAAAACCGGAUGCAAAGAUCAUCCUCCUUGGCCCAAAGGUAUCUGCUCAAAAUGUCAGCCGAAUGCAAUCACUUUGAAUCGUCAGAUAUAUCGUCAUGUUGAUAAUGUAAUGUUUGAAAAUCCACAUUUAGUGGAAAGGUUUCUAAAUUAUUGGCGCAGCACAGGCCAUCAACGUAUUGGGUUUCUAUAUGGAAAUUAUGGAAUUCAUGCUGAUGUUCCUCUUGGUAUUCGAGCCUCCGUGGCUGCUAUUUAUGAACCUCCUCAAGAAAGUACUCGUGAUUCUGUGGUUUUGCUUCCAGAUGAAAAAGAAGGUUUGGUAGAAGAACUUGCUAGACAACUUGGACUGCGCCGUAUUGGGUGGAUUUUUACUGAUCUCAUUGCGGAUGAUGUUAAAAAAGGAACAGUAAAACAUGUGAGAAAUAUAGAAUCUCACUUUUUAUCUGCAGAAGAGUGUAUUAUGGCUGGCUAUUUCCAAAACAAGCAUCCUAACCCUUGUCGGUUCUCUCCUGUUGGAAAUUUUGGAUCCAAGUUUGUGACAGUAUGUGUUACAGGAGAUGCUAGUAAUCAAGUCCACAUGGAAGGUUAUGGUGUUAGCAACCAAUGUAUGGCCCUUGUUCGAGAUAAUUGCCUCGUUCCCACUAAAGAUGCUCCAGAACUUGGCUACAUCAGAGAAUCUUCUGACAAACAGUAUGUUCCAGAUGUUUAUUACAAGUAUGAAGAUGAGUGUCUGAGAAUGGAUGCUGCAUCGUAG